AUCUGGGGGUUGACUAUAAAUGACGUUGCAUUCCCAAAAGGCCCUCCACUCUCUCCUUUGUCUGCAAAUUGGAGAUGGCGAAUAAUGUGGCACCAGUUUCAACAUCGUCAAAAGGAAGAUGGAGCAACCUCUCCAAAUAUGCUUCUAGAAUCUUCUUUUUCCUCAUCUUCCUUCAAGUCCCUUUAUUUAGGGUGCCAUGCAGAUCUGGUAUGUGCUCAACGCCUAUGCAAGUCACAUCUUCCCAGUUGAUUUCCAGUGAGAUCUUUCCUCUUCCAUUAGUGAAGGCCAUGCUUUAUCCUGGUGCAAUUGUUAAUGGCUUAAUCACAAGCAGGACGGUUCCAAGCUGGGAUAAUCUGCUAAAUGUCUACAACCUGACUAAUGUGAAGGAGGCGUCUGCCGUAACUGACUUACAGCGCUUGGAGGUUCUUGCUGGAAGCUAUUUUUCUGUGGCUGGAGCUCUUAUUGGCAUACUAAAACCUGGAAGGAUGAGCAUGUUUGGCACCCUACUUAUUGUUUGGGGCCUUAUCAAGGAAGGGAUACUUAACAAGCCAACAACAGUGGAUCCUGAGAGGGCAGUAUAUGUCUACCCAACAAUGUUGUUAGCAUUGGUAUGUUCUUUCAUGUCUGUCAAGUAUGAUAUGAAAAAGGUGACAAGAGGUGCCCCAGCUAGACCUGUUGCAAAACCUCUCCAAAGUUCUUCAAAAGCUAAGCUGAGAUGAGCAUAAGUUUCGUGCUUUUGACGGGAUACAAGCUCCAUACCUAUCCCCUCUUUUUAUCAGCCUAGUUCUUACUGCUUAUGCAGUGCAGAGGUCCUAGUUCUCAUUCCUUUUAUCCUGAGAAAUGUAUUCAUACGGACUUGUUCUGAUUGAAGAGGUAAUUGUCGGGAGAAGGAGGAAAUAUGAAACAGUUCCGGGUUGAAAACUACGUAUGCUAACUUCACUGUAAAGAGAGCAUCCUCAAGAGAGCAUUCUCAAGGCAAAACCAUUUAAAGUGGCUUCAUUUACAGUGCAUGUGGCUUGUUGUUUACCUAGAAUUAUCCACAUAUUUUCAUCUUAACAUAAUCUUAUUUUUAAGUUCACAGCACAAAUAUGUUCUGUAUUCUAAAAUGUUACUAUUUGAUUUGGCAAGAUGUUAUUUUCAUCUUAAA